GUCAAGCAACCAAACAAAUGAGAAUAUGUUUGUGAAGGGCAGCAAGAGCGAGAGAGCAAGACAGAGAACGGGUGUUGUGUGUGUGUGUUUAGAAUGCAAUUAGAAAUUAUAUUGGUUUUGGAAAACUGUGAAAAAGUUUAUAGAACAACAUAUGUUUGCAUUAGAAAAAGUUAUUAAAGUACUUUCGGUAAAACAUAAUGUAAACAAAGAACAUUUGCUCUUCCUUUGAGUGAGUGGGAGCGCGUGUACUCACGUGAGAGCAAAAGAUGCGGGAGAGAAUUCGUAUGCGCGAGAGCGAACACAAUCCAACUGACAGCCAGCAAGCUGUCAGCCAUUUGACAGGUCGAGCUCUGCGCGUCCUUUGUUUACGUCUGCACUUUGUCGUGUGUGCAGCGUUCCAGAGGAAAAAUCAGCUUUAUUUUAAUAAUUACACACGAUAGUUCAUUGAAAUAUCGUUCAUCCUCAAGUCGGAAGUGUGAAAAAACCCGUUCCAAGAUGGAUCCAGCUCUAUUACGCGAACGGGAAGCCUUCAAACGGCGGGCGAUGGCAACACCUACCGUUGAGAAGAAGGCCAAAACCGAAAGCUCGUUCACGGCACCGAAGGAUAUGAAAAAGCCAAGACCCGCCAGCGCAGCACCGAAAAUCGAUGCCACCAAUUAUAAAACUAUGACCGGUAGCUCCCAGUAUCGGUUCGGUGUGCUGGCAAAGAUCGUUAAGCAUAUGCGCACCCGGCACCAGGAGGGAGACGAUCAUCCUCUGACGUUGGACGAAAUUCUUGACGAAACCAAUCAGCUCGAUAUCGGAUCGUCUGUCAAAUCGUGGCUGCAAGGCGAAGCGCUGCGCAACAAUCCCAAAAUCGAGCUAACGCCGGAAGGGCGCUACCUGUUCAAAUCGGUAUUCAAAAUCAAAGAUGGCAAGAGCCUGAUGCGGCUGCUGAAACAACACGACCUCAAAGGGCUGGGUGGUGUGCUGCUCGACGAUGUACAGGAAUCGUUGCCCCACUGUGAUAAAGUGCUGAAAAACCGUGCCUCGGAAAUUAUCUUCAUCACGCGACCGAACGACAAGAAAAAGAUACUGUUCUACAACGAUCGGACCGCCAACUUCCAGGUGGACGAAGACUUUCAGAAGCUGUGGCGUGCCGUUACGGUGGACGCGAUGGACGAUGCGAAGAUUGACGAGUACCUGGAGAAGCAGGGCAUCCGGUCGAUGCAGGACCACGGGCCGAAGAAACCGUUGCUGCCGAAGCGCAAGAAGCUCGCGAACAAGAAGCGACAGUUUAAGAAGCCGCGCGAUAACGAGCAUUUGGCCGAUGUGCUGGAAACGUACGAGGAUAACACGCUAACGCAGUCGAAUGCGGUACAGGAGAUCAAGCAGAACAAUUAAAUCAUGUUUUUAGCUACACUUUUACAAGCUUAAUAAAUGUAUAUGAAUUCCA